AUGUCACCUAAAAUGUUGGACGUGCCAUCCCUCCGGCUAGAGCGGGGUGAUGUGAUCAUCAGGUUGUCGGAAAGACCUGAAGAUACCCUCUUGCUCCAUUCAUCCUUGCUGAAACAAUUCAUAUACUUCGAACCAACACUCAACGGGCGCUGGGGACGACCUUUCGUGGAACUGCCUGUUCCUCAACCGCAGCAAUCUGGCAAUGAGCCCUCAAUCACCGUUUGGCAAUACGUUCUCGCUCUAACUGAGGACACUAGCGCCUUACUCCUUCGAUGCGCAAACGAUCAGACCAGCUUUCAGUUUACUGAGUACUUCUUUGGUCUUCCAUUUCACAUGUCCGAAUAUACUGCCGGACUUUCUAGGCGCGAAGACCUUAUAAGCUGGCCUGAUAAGUCUACACAGCAAGCCGUAAACGCCCAUAAAGCCUUGUUCCGCCUUCUAUAUGGUCUCUACGUCAACUUGGACUUCACGCCCGACCCGGAAUCCGCAAUCAGAUGCAUGGCAGACGUCACCGCUUAUGCUGAGUUUUACGGAAUGCUCGAUAUCGUGAGACCAGCUAUCACAGAGACUCUUCUUGACAUUCAGGGCCUCUGGGAAGAUGUAGCUUGGAAACCUCUCUUUUAUCUUGGACUAGCAGCGAAGCUGCGUUGCGAAUGCAUAUAUGACGACGCACUCAAGCAUGUCGUCUUCUCAGGACACUGGGGGCCCUCGCCAAUGGGCGGGUACGGAUUGGGCGAUUGGGAUGUCGGAAACCCGCUUGAUUACGAUGUCUUCGACCACAAGAAGCUGAUACUGUCUCUUCUUGGGGAGCGGGAAGAGAUCAUGUCUACCAUCCAGCACGCCAUUAACCAACUACGCUCUAUCGGAUAUCAGAUAAUGGAUCGUGGACCAGACUACGUUUAUACUGAUGACAUUAAGGUUGUCGAGAGCUUGAAGAAACAAGACGGAAAGUGCAAAUGGAUUGCUCGAUCUAUCUAUAAUGAGUGGGAGUUCAAGACAACCUGCAAGCUACUUGUCGCGCAUGGAUCCAAGUCACCACCGGAUAUAUCCAUUUUCGGAGACGACGAGUACCUUAGACUUCUCGGUCAACAUGAUUGCCCUAACAAUCACCAUCAGGAGCCCUUCCAGUGCCUACAAAAGGACCUUACGGAAAAACUCAAGCCAGCCGCAGAUAUUGCGAAGGAAGCUCUUCAAGCCAACAAGGAAGAAGGAACACGCCAUGAGACAAAAUUCUUCAUGGGUAUGCGUCCCCCUUAUAGGAGGACUAAAUACCACCCAUGGAAGAACCUUUACAUGGAACACGAGGACUUUCAAGACACGAUUGCAAACGAAUACAACGACUCUCAAGACAGUGACGAAGAAGAAGUUGAAGAUCAAGAACCGUCGGACACAGAGAUAGAGACAGCCAGAUUCCACGAAUUUCUCAACACCAUCACAGUCGAGUCUGCAAGCCUGGAAUGGGCCAGCUUCGUAUCGGUACCGGCCGUUGGGGGAGAAAGCCUCAUUAUCUCUACCGACAACUCCAUUGGACUGGCAAGUUUCAAGAUUGGCCUUGAUGAUGGUGAGCCAGUGCCAUGGAAGAAGUCUACAUCCGACACAUACGAUGCGGACGACACGCCACAGGCUACAACUGAUACUCAGAACGUGGACGAGUUUGAUGGUCGUGAAGGUGGCACUUGA